AUGUCUGAACCCCCGCGGAGGACGACUCGUGCCAUGAAUCGUGCUUCCGCAAACCCCGAACCCAACGUCGCAUUGCAAGACGCAAGCAGGGCUCCUGCCAAAGUUCGCAAACCCCGGCCUUCUCUUGUUCAGGCUGCUGCAAAUAGAGCUAGCCAGAACGCCACUGCUCAGGCGUCCCAAAGUCGUCCAACGACCCCAACCCAGAGGGUUCAGCAGAUGACGCGAAGCCGCUCAACUACUCCAAGCCGAAGGGUUGAGCCAGGACUGAGCUAUGCCGCCGCCGCUGUGUCACCACCUCGCGCGCCGCCCCAACGCAUGAUACCAUACGUCGAGUUGCCCACCAUGGACUUGGUGAUGAAGCGGAAGGCUGCCGCAGCGGCUCCGCAGGCCAAAGCUCCUCAAGUCCAUGAGAAGGCAGGGGCUGGCAGCCAAUCCCAGCUUCCCCCUGCUCCUGCAGCAACGUCGAGCUCAGCAGCCCAAGGUCCUGCUACCGUCACUUCCUUGGAAGCUCAGCAAGGUUCGACUGUACUGGCUUCCUUGGAAGCUCAUCGAGAAACCCUCAGCGAUGAUUUCGAAUUCGCACCAUUUGUCAAGGUUCCCUACCAAGUCCACGCCCAAAUGCCAGAGCCUCUCCCAGUUCCCGACUUCCCCCUAUUGCUUCCCCAAUCCACCUUGGACCUUUCCGCCGUCCGCGAUCAAUGGGUCUAUGUGCAGUAUGGUCGCCAGUUUGGCGGACGAGGCUACGCCAAACGUUCCCUGGUGAAGGUCUCGAAAGGAAAUCAAGGUCGGAGCAUCGCCGCGUUCGCCUGUACGAUGAUUUCGUGCUGGAACGCUUCCUGUCGCCGGUGGGAACAACUCCCUGAGGGAUACGUCAUCUCUGAUAUUCCCGAGAGGCUCACCUUCCCCGAGCUCGCUGAAGUCCUUGUCACUGCCCUGCGACAGGACGAUAGCAAACCCACAACACAACCACGAACUCCGACGCCACCGAUUUCUCCCCCCGGGUCCAGCAUGGCAGUCGCAAAGGCGGCAGCAGAGGUUCAAUUUCUGCAAUCCAAGCUUCAACAGGCAUGGCGUGCCAAACGCCGCGCCGAGUACGAGGAGCUUGAGACCAAGAUAGCCCGCAUCAACCAGAUGCAAGCCGUCCAAGAGGAGCGUGAGCAGCAAGAGCUUGAGCGCAAGCACGAAGAGUUUAUGAAGAUUUAUGGACCUCUUCCAUCACCAGCCCCGUACUCGUCCGAUGAAGAAGAACCCACGGAGCCAACAGAGCCAGCUUCACCCGCACAGGAAAAUCAGGGCAUCCCUUACCAUGAGAAUGCCAUGGCCGUCCAAGGCGACACUUACGAUGUUUUUGGCGGGGUACUCCAGUCAGAAACGACGGUCCAGCGCAAUGAUACCAUUAUUUGGGCUGACGACGCUGUUCGUGACGAUAUUGAAAUGGAGGAAGCGAACCUCGAGGACGAUGGGCGUGUAGAGGAGGGUGGAGGAGAGGAGGGUGGAGGAGAGGAGGGUGGAAGAGAGGAGGGUGGAGGAGGAGGAGGUGCUGCGGAGGAGGUGAAAGGGUGCGAAGGAGAAUAUGAGAUGGCAGUUGACGAUGAAGAAAGAGGGAUGGAUGGGGUGGAGGAGGAGUCAGCCCGCGGCAAUCAAGCGAAUGGAGGCUCUAUCUAUGAGUCGUCCGACUCUGGAUCUAACUACUCUGACAACAUCACUGGGAGGGAUGGGCCAUCGGGCGGCAAGAAGAAAACCCGUCGAAAGUCACAGUCCCGUCGUAGGAGUCGUGCCCAGUCACCAACCUCCGAUACCGACGCUGCUUCUCGAAUUCCAACCGAAGCCAAGGGCAAGGGGAAGGCGGUACCAGGAGAGGAGCCUGAUUUCUUAGGGGAGUCAAUCGACGAGUUAACUGAGCUCAUCGUUGCCAUGUCGGAGACCCACCAAUGCAGUCCCGAGGAGAUAGUUUGGCGACUCCCGUUCUUACCAAGGCCAAUGCCCGACUUGAAAAUAUCAGCGCCGCGAGGCACAAAUGAUUGGAAUACGUGGCUGCAGGUUACAAAGCUGGAGGCAUUGAAAAAGAAACAGCCUAGGAAAUCCUCGGAUGAACUCAAAGAAGAAUACAAGAGGACUUUUGGGACGCUAUCCGAAAAGGAGAAGGUCGAAAAGCGCGCAGAGUGGGCGAAUAUCCUUGCCACCGAAGCCCGAUCGAUGGAGGAGAAGCUAGUACGCCAUAACGCGUCGUAUAUUGAAGAUUUCCAGCAUCUGUCCCAGCGCGUUUCAGCAACUGGACUCGCCGAAACCAUCACCUUCUAUCUUGGAACUGACCCAGCACUCACUCGCCACUCCCGAAUCAUUCUUGGGAAUGACCUCCUGAGAGACUACAUCGAAAAAGAGGACGUCAGUGUCCGCGAAUUUCUGAACUACCUGUCUACAUCUUUGCAGUUCAUCAAGAAUAGCAAGUACACUGUGAGAAAGGAAGACAUCCGACUGUUCAACUUCGCGCAGAGCACCACUGGUAGCGCCCAGUCAUCGGAUUCCCAACGCCGCCAAGCUCUCACUUCAGCCCCAGCAGCAGCCACGUCAUCCAACUCUACCUCUGCAACAUCUCAACAAACAACUACCCAGCCUGAAAGUCCAUGGAAGAAGGGCAUCCCAAAGUUCGAGUUCGACCCGGAUCGACCACGACCAGCAACGGUGUCAGAGGAAGUGUGGAACAUGGGCCCCGAUAAUCCAGCUUGGAGAACGCACAUGGAUUCCCUGCUUGGCGAUGCCUUCCUCUACGGGGCGAGGUUCUGGUGCGUGAAGGCUGAAGCCAACGAGCAGCCGCAGGUGUGGAAGGUCCGAGUCUUCCGAUUUUGGUUCAAAUUCGUCCUUCAUUCAAUUGGGUAUCAAUCUUCAAACUGGGUGAACGUCAUCGACACGUUCACCGAACUCGAGAUCCGAGUCCUGAAUUGGCCGCUGCACUGGGGGAUUCCGGGGAGGGACUUCAAAGAUUGGAGACCAACUAUCAGGGACGGGUUAGAUGAAGUGUUGGAAAUCAUCUGCGGGGUGAGAGAGGGAGAUCCCAUACAGGUUGUGCCUUGGACUGAAGAGGAAAAGAACAUUCACAAACAUGUCAAUAACGCCGACUACCUCGCUAUCCCUGUGUGGAUGUCCAGCAAUGGCACUGUCAUGGCGCAGGUCGCACAUGCCACCAACUUGUGGCUUCCUAUACUGUCGCGCAAGAAUGCUGCGGAAGACCACCCCGAUUUUCCAUUGCAAAGGAGUCGAGCCAUCAUGAGGCCCAAGACGACAGCGUCCGGACAACCGACAACGAAGAAGCGUGGUGCCGAGCGUGCUGGGCCCUCCAGACAGCGGCGGCAAGUUCAGUCGCAUACCGAGCGUCGCCUAGAAGAGGUUGCGGCGGGAGGUUCGAGGCCAAAUGCUGACAACGACAGCCAGGAUCACGAUGAGCAACCCCCUCCUUACGUCGACGACUACGACUACAACUACGAUUACCCCAACGGCUACGGGUACAACAGUCAGGAAGACGGCUACGACGAUGGUCACGAGGACGGUUGCGAGGAUGGUUACGACGGCGGUUGCGACGAUCGCGACGAUGGUUAUGAGCGCACCAAUUCUCACCGCCGUGAUGAACGUGGUGGCCAUCGUGGCGAUGUUCCCCAACGCAAUCGCCAUGAUACUUCGCCACAGGAUCGAAGUGGUGGUCGCUAUCAAGAUCCCUGUCACGGCCAACGUCGCCCCACACCCCAACGUCUACCAGAACCUCCAACUCGCCAACGCAUUGCACCUCCUCAAAGUCACCACCAUAGGAAGGACCAACAACACCGCCAAACGACCCAAGUUACCCACCGUGGUUCCGAACUUCGCCGUGACAAGCGACUCGAUCAACGUGGCAGCACCACCGACAAUACUGCCGACAUUGUCAGGGGCCUCAUGGGGAUUGCAUCUCCCCCUCCCCCUCCUCCCACUCGAAAGAUCGUAGCUGAUAUCCGUGAACUUCAACGUUCAGGUGGGCGUCGUUUUGCCUCCGAGUCGGCCACCGCCCACCAACAAUCCCCAUCUUGUCCAGGACCCUCGUACCGACGUGGCGACAUUGUGCACAACAGGCCACCUCAUCGCAAUAGCAUUCCCGCCUCCCGCCAGUCCGUGGCUUCUGAAGCAAGAGGCCCAAAUCGCCAGAGGGUAGUUCCCCGCGAGCGUGCUCAUUCCGCAUUUGAUGAUUCUGAGGGAGAUCAUCGUCGAAAACGGCGCCGCGUGGCUGAGGGGAAUUGA